AUGAGAUUCAGUCCACAUCGAACAAUCUCAAACACAUCCAGAGAACAGAUCGAUCCUGGUUAUGAUUCGCUUUCUGAUGACGAAUAUACAGAUGAAGGACCUUUGGGACUUAUUGAUUCAUCACCAUUGAAAUCAGUUCUAACGCCCUCAAAAUCAAUUUCAUCGAGUCAUUUAGGUAAAAAAGGAUUGAGAAAGACAUACCAAGUAUUCAAUUCAUCACCUUUGGCUUCUAAAGCAGAUAAUGAUUAUAUUGAGAAAUCUAAAUCAAAACAACAUUUACAAGUACAUGAUUUAGAUUCAGAAUUUGAAGAAGAAGAAGAAAUUGAAAGUGAAAGUGAAAGUGAUGAUAAUAAUGGAAAUGCAGACAUAUCAGAAUCAUUUGAUGAAUUAUCAGAACUGCUGAAAGACCUUAAAUUCAAAGAACGUUAUGAAUUAGUUCAACAAUCAAAACAAUAUUCAUCAAGAAUCAAUUCAAGAUCAACAAGUAGAAUAUCAAGCAGGCCAAGUUCUGCAAGACAUACAAGAAGACCAUCAUUACAUGAACUUGGAACGGAUCCUUCAUCUCCAUCUAAUGAUCAAAGUGGGAAUUCUUCUAGACCAAGUACCAGAGAGUCAUAUAUACAAAAAAUUCAAGAAUCAAUUAUUAAUGAUGUUGAAACAAGAGCAUCAACCCGUUCAAGAGAAGUUACAUCACAAUUAGAAGCCAUUGAACUUGAACGUAAACGUUUAGAGGAAGAAAGAAAGAGAAGAGAAGAAGAAGAAAGAAGAAGAGCAGAAGAAGAACGUAAACGUAAAGAAGAAGAAGAACGUCAAAGAAAAGCAGAAGAAGAACGUCAAAGAAUAGAAGCUGAAAAGAAAGCUAAAGAAGAAGCUGAAAGAUUAGCAAGAGAAAGGAAGGAAAAAGAAGAACGUGAAGCUAAAGAAGCUAAAAAGAAAGCUGAAGAUGAAGCUAAAAGACAAAAAGAACAAGAAGAACAAGAUGCUAAAAAGGGUAAAGGUAUAACGAAUUAUAAAGAAGUUGAAAAACAAUUUUUCCAUUAUAAAAAAUUAAUUGAAACAAUUAAAUCAGAUAUAGUUUUAAAAGUUAAAAAUGAUUUAGGUACCAAGAAUGCAGUUUUAAAACAUAAAAGAAAAAUUAAUCCAAAAUUUGGUCAAUUAACUAAUAGUAUGACACAAUUAUCACGUAUAAGUAAUGAAGUGAUAACAUUAAUCAAUGAAACAAAAUCAAAUGAAUUAGCAUAUAAAUGGAUUUUAAAUUUUGUUGCAAAAGCUAUUGUGGCACAAGCAGAAACAGAAGUUAGAGUUCAACCAACAUCAUCAUUACCAUUAGCAAAAUUAACAUUAAACUUACUUGUUGAAUUCCCUGAAUUAAAAGAAUUAUUAAUGGCAAGAUUUGUUAAGAAAUGUCCAUUAGUUAUUGGUUAUACAUGUAAUGUUGAUACUGAAGAAGGUAGAUUACGUAUGGGAUGGAAAAGACAUGAUGGAAGUAAAUGGGAAGAUGAAAUUAGUUAUGAUGAAAGAUUAGGAGGUAUAAUGACAUUAUAUGCAGUAUUAACUAAAAUUCCAUUAGAUUCUAAAUAUUUUAACAAUUUGGAACAUCCAUUUGAUAUAUCAAAUAGUUGGAUUUUAUUAGCAAGAAUUAUAAAUUUACCUUCACAUUUAUUAUUAAAUGUUCAUUUUAUUGUUAUAUCAUCAUGGUGGGAAGCAUGUGCAAAUGAAUUAAUUCAAAUUUAUGGUAAACAAGGUGAAAAAUUAUUAAAUUUGAUUUGGACUUUAUGGGCACAAAGUGUUAAUGAUAAAAAUUAUAGUGGUGCUAAAACUUUACAAACAAUUGGUGAAGAUUGGCAAACAAGUGGGAAAUUGAAGACUUUUGAACCAAUGGAGGCAUAA